AUGCAAUACGAAAACCAGCCAGGCCCGGCUCUCCUUUCAUCAGCCUUGAAUCAUCCACAAACUCUCUUUCCUUCCCUCUCGCCGUCCCGCCUCACCCUCGUUCCCACCCCACGCCUCCCGCAUCCUCUCCGUCAGGAAUUCUACCCUUCGCCAGUCACUCGUUUCAGCGGACGAAGGAGUACCCUCUUCACGGCUUGCGUAAUCCCUUUUUACCCUGGCGUCGCACCUGCAUCCGCCCUAGUUGUUGACACUACUCCCGCCCCCCCGAAUACUUGCACUACCACCCACCCGCUCCUCGACAGCCUCUUGCCCGCUCCUCUGCGCCUUCACUCGCUCAACUUCUACGCGACCUCUCCCCGGCCCUUCGAAACUCGACAAAGAAACAAUAUAAUCCCUUUUUAG